AACCUCAUCAAAACAAACGGAAUUCAUUUCUAUUCCGCGUGUAUAAAACAGAAUAUUUUGUAUAUAUUCUUUUUUGUUAUAGUUUUUAAAACGGUUGACCGAAUAUAGCUACAGUAAUGAUCGGAUAUGAGAUAAGAAAAGUUCCAGACAAAGGGCGGGCAUUGUUUGCGACGGUUAAUUUCAAGAAAGGAGAUACUAUUUUGCAGGAGACACCUUUGGUAUCAAGCCAAUUUUCUUGGAAUGCUGCCUGCAAGUACUUGGCUUGCGAAUAUUGUAUGAAGCCGCUGGAGACGGCUGAAGAAAACAUCAGUCGGUUGAGUGGACACAAAGGACCUGAAUCCACAAUAUCGCUACCAUACAGUGAAUGUUGUCCGGUGAAAUCUUUCAAAGCGCUACAGACGAUUUGCCCGAAUUGCCCUACUCGCUAUUGUUCACCAGACUGUUUGAAUACUGCAAUGGAACGAUAUCAUCGGGUGCUAUGUUUAGGCUCCGAAUACAAUAAUCCAGGUCAUCCUUUGAACGUUCUCAACGAUGCAUGGAAAAAAAUUCAUUAUCCACCAGAAACAACAACUAUAUUAUUAUGUAUUAAACUGAUAGCAAUGUACAAACAAACUGAACAAAAACAGGCACUGUUCGAAGCUAUACAAGAUUUCCAUCAUGAAUUUAUCAAUGAAAACCUGAUGAUUGCACACAAAAUGCUUGGCGAAAAUCAUCAAAAUAAUUUGAACAAUCUUUUUGCUUUAUUCAGCCAAUCGUUUGAUUUUACCGGAAUGGAAAUGUUUAAAAAUCUGGACACUUUUAAACGAUUGUUUGCACUCAUCGGAGAGAAUGGACAGGGAAUUGGAACUUCUUCAUUCGCUGACUGGGUACAAAAUGUAUCCAAAUUAAAUUUACCCACAGACGAAAAGUUGGCAGCUGAUGAGCUAAUCGAUUCAUGCUACGCUCAACUAGAAGAAGUAACUGGUUUACAAUUUUUAAACAACGAAGGUUCAGCUCUUUACUCCAUCGAAAGCAAAGCAAAUCACAGCUGCGUUCCAAAUGCUCAGGCAACAUUUCCACAUUCAAAUCACAAUUUACAUUUAAUUGCAACGCGAGACAUUCAAUGUGGUGAGGAAAUUUGCAUUUCAUAUCUGGACGAUUGUCUUUUGUCAAGGAGCCGACAUUCACGACAAAAAGAGUUACGCGAGAACUAUCUCUUCAAUUGUUCGUGCCAAAAAUGCGAAGAACAAAAAGGAGAACCAGACGUUACAUCUGACGAGGAAUAUGAGGACGGAGAAAGCAUGGAAGAAGAUUGAUGAUUUUGAAAUAAACAUACAUUUUUUUAUUUCUAAA